UUCACACUGAUCUUUCUCAUCCCCAGGCUCUGUCGGAAUCUGAUUCGAGGGAGAACUGUCAAUCCACUCAUGUGUACUCUCAGUAACAACCAGUCAUUGACUCACUUGAACCUGAAUAAUAACAAGCUCGAAGACCAGGGAAUUGGACUGUUGAUUGCUGCACUGGGACAGCAGAGCUGUACGCUCCAGACACUGGAAUUGGAGGGCAAUGGGAUUACAAACACGUUUACAGAUGAACUCACUGGGGCUCCCAUCAGAAACAUGUCACUGAAAAGGGUGAACCUGUCCAACAAUUUGUUCACAGACCGGUCUGUUACAGCUCUUUUGUACCUGACCCAGACACACACUUCCCUCCAGGAGAUCAGGCUGCAGAGGAAUAAGUUCAGUCCACAUGGAUUGAGCUGUCUUCAGUCACCGAACAGACCGGGACUCUGUGUGGAAGUGUAUACAUCAAUAACCAGUGGAAGAUUUAAAAGCUGA